GCGCGCCCGAUCGACCGCGUCGGUUCGUCGCCCGCACGAGAUGAGUCUCGCAUUCGAUGAGUUCGGCCGCCCCUUCAUCAUCAUCAAGGAGCAAGGCGCGAAGACGCGCGUCCGCGGGAUCGAGGCGCAGAAGGCCAACAUCCAAGCCGCGAAGUCCGUCGCGAGGACGCUCCGAUCGUCCUUAGGCCCCAAGGGCAUGGACAAGAUCCUCCAGAGCGGCGACGGCGAGAUCACGAUCACGAACGACGGCGCGACGAUCCUUCAAGAGAUGGAGGUGGAGCACCAGAUCGGAAAGCUCCUCGUGGAGCUGUCGCAAUCGCAGGACUACGAGAUCGGCGACGGCACCACCGGCGUCGUCGUCCUCGCCGGGUCGCUCCUCGAGCAGGCGGAGGUGUUGCUCGACCGCGGGAUCCACCCGCUGCGGAUCGCGGAGGGGUACGAGAUGGCGGCGAAGGUUGCCGUCGCGGAGCUCUCGCGCGUGAGCGAAAAGUUUGAAUUCAGCCCCGACGACAUCGAGCCUCUGGUGCGGACGUGCAUGACGACGCUGUCGUCCAAGAUCGUGAACAGAUGCAAGCGGGAGAUGGCGGAGAUCUGCGUGCAGGCGGUCAUGGCCGUCGCGGACCUGGAGAGGAAGGACGUCAACCUCGACCUGAUCAAGGUGGAGGGAAAAGUCGGCGGGAAGCUCGAGGACACGGUGCUGGUGAACGGGAUCAUCUUAGACAAGGACAUCUCGCACCCGCAGAUGGACAAGGAGAUCAAGGACGCGAAGAUCGCCAUCCUCACCUGCCCGUUCGAGCCCCCGAAGCCGAAGACGAAGCAUAAGAUCGACAUCGACACCGUGGAGAAGUACGAAGAGCUGAGAGCGCAGGAGGAGAAGUACUUCAAGGACAUGGUGAAGCAGUGCAAAGACAGCGGCGCGACGCUCGUGAUUUGCCAGUGGGGCUUCGACGACGAGGCGAACCACAUGUUGAUGCACGAGAAGCUGCCGGCGAUUCGCUGGGUCGGCGGCGUCGAGCUCGAGCUCAUCGCGAUCGCGACCGGCGGUCGGAUCGUCCCGCGGUUUCAAGAGCUCGCCCCGGAGAAGCUCGGGACCGCGGGGCUCGUGAAGGAGGUGGCGUUCGGAACCACGAAGGACCGCAUGAUCGUCAUCGAGGACUGCGCCGCGAGCAAGGCGGUGACGGUGUUCGUGCGCGGCGGGAACAAGAUGAUGAUCGACGAGACGAAGCGGUCGCUGCACGACGCCAUCUGCGUCGCGAGGAACUUGGUGCGAUCGAACGCCAUCGUGUACGGCGGCGGCUCGGCGGAGAUUGCCUGCGGCAUCGCCGUCGAGGAGGCGGCGGAUCGCGUCCCGGGCGUGGAGCAAUACGCCAUGCGCGCGUUCGCCGAGGCGCUAGACGCGGUGCCGACGGCGCUCGCGGAGAACAGCGGUUUGCCCCCGAUCGAGACGGUCGCGAAGGUGAAGUCCGCGCAGUUGAAGACGAAGAACCCGCAUCUCGGCGUGGACUGCAAGGAGACGGGGACGGACGACAUGAAGACGCAGGGCGUGUUCGAGACGCUCAUCGGGAAGCAGCAACAGAUGCUCCUCGCGACGCAAGUCGUGAAGUUGAUCCUGAAGAUCGACGACGUCAUCACCGCGGGGAGGUACGAUUGAUUGAGCGGGCGAUGGACGGACGGACGGACGGACGGACGGACGACGACGACGGCGGCGAGAAGAGUCGUCGAAGUCGGAGUCGGGGUCUGUCGCGCGCCGGCGAAAGUCAGUCGUUCAAGUCGCGCGUUUUCGUCUCCGCGGCUGUCGGCGAGCGCGAUUGAAUAAGACUGACUGACGCAUUGUUUGGGACGGGGAGAGGGAAGGGAAGGGAGAGGGCGAGGAGGGACGCGACGAGGAGGCGCCGAGGAGGAGGAGGGGGAGGAGAGAUUUAGAUCGCGAGCGCGACGUGAGCGAACGGCGCGGUAGUAGUUCAUCGAUACACCACGAGAGAGGUCAACUCC